UCGACAAACAAACUAUAGCUUAUUGUGCAUCUAUAGUGCAUACAGACAUAUGUAUAAUUUGAAUUAUUUACGAUCAGAGCACGUGGUUAUAAUUUUGAAACAUUGAUGAAAAAUGGCCCAAGAAUCAAAUAAUGUGGAAUUUAUGGAAGAAAGUUCAUUUCAAUAUGAUGAAUUUAUUUUGAAUUUAUUAAUAAAUGAACCGGAUUCUCCAUUAUUAAUAGCAGAGAAAGCUACAUUGGAGAAUGAAAUUAUUUCUAAAAUUAAUACUUACUUAAAUAAAGCUGAAACGAGAAUUGAAGGAUUCAAUAUUAUUUCCAAUAUUAUAUCUACAUUUUCUAAAGAUAUCCUAACAAAAUACAGCUUAUUGUGGAUUACAAAAAUUACUCAAGUAUUGGAAAGUGCCCACACUAAUGAUGAUGAGUUGAUGUUAACAUGCCAAGUCUUAGGAAAUUUAUUGAAGCUCUGCAAAAAAAUUCCUGAAGUUCAAAAAGAAAUAUCUCUUCAUCAUGUAAAACAAUUAGUUUCAGUUAUCACUCAAAUAGAUCCUACUGAAAAAGGAUCUUUUAUUUUUUACCCAUUGGUUAUUUUACUUUAUUAUUAUAAAGAACCAACUGAAAAAUUCCAGACUUUAAUAAAUGAUUUUAUAUUUCGUUGCAUUGAUUCUGAAGACGAAAAUUUAGUUCAAGCAAGUGCCAAUUGUUUUUCUGUGCUCAAUAGAGCUAUUAAAAAAUCAUUCAAAAUUCCUUCCAGUUAUUCAUCUUAUAAUUGUUGGACUUACCAUGAAAAGUUACUUUGUAAUAGUCUACAUUGUAUAAUUAAUAAUUUAUUUUCUAAUGUGUUGGAUUUUGAUGAUGAAGAUACAGAUAAUUCUUUAAAACUACCUGACUUACCUGAAGACAAUAUUUUUGAAUUCUAUUUUUCAUUGGAACAGCGAUUUAAAAAUUUGAGUAUUUAUUUAUCAACAAUGUUACGAGGUUGUGGAGGCGAAAAUUCUGUUGACUCUGAUGAUAUCCUUAGAUUAUUAUGUCGAGGAUUAGCAAUUACACCAGUUGUCUUACGUCAAAAUGAUUUGUUAAAAAAUCAGUUCUUAGUUAUUAUUAUACCAAAAUUACAUAUCCAAUUAUUCCAUAUACUAGAAAGAUUAAUAGAAGGUUUUUCUUGCCAUCUAAUUCCAGCAGCCAAAGAGAUUCUUAAUCUUCACGUUCAAAGUUUAAAAUGGAUAAAUGAUUAUGGUGAAAAACAUACAACAAUACAUGGAAUUAAACCUUUUCUAAAUCUCAAAAUCUGUGUCUAUAAAAGUCUUUCACUAUGGUUAAAUACUCUUGGAAGAAAAUCCGGAAUUGAAAUGAUUUCUCAUCAUAUAUUUCCAAUCAUUUUUAAAGAUAUUACACCAGAAAAAUGCCAAGUUUCAUUAACAGUUAAGAAUAAUGAAUCAUCAAAAAAGAAUUCAAAAAAAUCACAUAGCACUUAUUUUGAAAAAAAUCCUACGACUUCCAGUGAUGAAAAAUCCAUAACCAAUACAGAUUUAUGUAUAAAUGCAUUAUGUGUAUUAAAAGACAUGUUCUACAACACAGGACUUUUAUUAUCACCAUCAUUUUAUGAAAAAUCUCAUAAAAUGAUUGUAAGUCUACUAUAUGAUGUAUAUUUAGAAAAUGAAGAAGGUAAUCCUUAUAAAACAAAUGCAAAAUGUCGACUAAAUCUUAUACAAGCUCUCAAAGGUAUUCUAAUGAAUCCACAUCCACAUGUACCAACUCCCAGGACAUAUGCUGUUCAACUUUUCAAUUUUGCUAUAAAAGACGAAGAAAUUUGUAUACAAGAAGAAGCAAGAAUUGGUUUAGCAGAGUUAGAAAAAAUCAUUCAUCCAAGUGCACCAACUUUAGAUUUGGUUUCUAAAAAUCUUGCUUCAUUAUCUUUUAAUAAUGAUAAUUCUUUAGGUACAGAAUUUAAUUUAGAAUCUUCAGAAAGUAUGGCAAUUACAGAUAAUAAUUAUGAGUAGUAAAAAAAAUGACUGUAAU